UGUAGUAGUUUUGCCUAAGGAGGAGCCUAGACAACACACACACACACACACACACACACAAGGUCUGUUGGGCAUGUGCUGAGGAAAUCAGAGAACACACACAGGAAGGAAAGGAAGACUGCUUCACACUAUUUCUCUCUCUCAGGUAGACAGAUAGACGAGUGAAUGAGAGACAGACACAGGGACAGUGAGCUGCAAGGGAAGAGUGAGAUAUAGCAAGGAAGAGACACAGACAGACAGAGGGAGAGAGGGAGGGAGAGAGAGAGAGAGGGAGGGAGACAGGUGAGUCUGUCUCUCUCUCUCGGCCAGAGCGAUUGUCACACUGGCCUCUGGAACAGCGAUGGCCUUCACCUUCGCCGCCUUCUGCUACAUGCUCACACUCGUCCUGUGUGCUGCACUUAUCUUCUUUGUCAUCUGGCAGAUCAUUGCAUUUGAUGAACUGAGAACCGACUUUAAAAACCCCAUCGACCAGAGCAACCCGACCAGAGCGAGAGAGAGAAUCCUGAACAUCGAGAGAAUCUGCAACUUACUCAGGAAGUUGGUGGUUCCUGAAUAUUCUAUCCAUGGUUUGUUCUGUCUGAUGUUCCUGUGUGCUGGUGAGUGGGUCACACUUGGUCUCAACAUCCCCCUGCUCUUCUACCAUAUGUGGAGGUUUUUCCACCGGCCGGCUGAUGGCUCUGAGGUGAUGUACGACCCCGUCAGUGUGAUGAACGCAGAUAUUCUUAAUUACUGCCAAAAAGAGUCGUGGUGCAAACUGGGUUUCUACCUGCUCUCCUUCUUCUACUACCUGUACAGCAUGGUUUACGCUCUGGUCAGCUUCUGAUCAACGAACAGACAAAAGGAGGAAGAAAAAAAAAGAAAGAAAGAAUGCGUGAUGUUCUGUCCUCCUCCUCCUCAGCCAACAACAGAAAUGAGACCCACUGAGAUGCUGGGAGAGAGAGACAGACAGACAGAGAGAGAGACAGGGAGAAAGACACGGAGAAGCUCGAGCAGCAGUGAUGUUUCAUUAUUGAGUUUUAUUUCUUUAAGGGCUGCUGAACAUUUCUGCUGCUCGGAGCGACACGGCGAAUCACCUCCACUGCGAUGAGAUGUGAUCAUCACUGAUGAUCAUCUUCUGAUCUACAGACUCCAGAUUCGAUGCCAUAUAAUAUCCUUUUUCAUUUGCGAAAAAGACUUUUGUGUAAAUGACCUCUGUUUAGUUCUAAAGUGUUAGAUUAGCGCUGAAGCUUUCACUGUUUUAGUCCAGUGGUAGAUUCUAUUUACUUUAAUAAUAUAUCCAUUUUAUUCUCAAAUUCAGUUGUUGUAUCUUAAUCCAGGGUAGAAACUACUCGUGUCCUUACACUAAGACAAACUGCACAAACUUUAUAUUUAUACGACUGAACAGCGACGGCGAUGUUUACACUGAGCAACCAAUGAAACGAGAACAUUAUCCAGGCCGGGAAAACUGUUCAGACCAUCUGUGGGACUUUUAAGGAGAGACUGGAAUCAUUUUGAGAAUCGGUGUAAAUAAAUACACACCCACACACACACACAAUGUUGUCAGCCUUACAGAGAAAAGCCAACGCCUCCGUAUCACUGUGGAGACGCAGCAGGUCCUCUGAGACAGAAUAAGUCCAUUUCUUCCUGGACUGAGAUGGAACGGGACACAUGGAAGCAGACUGAGAGAUGGAUUUAAACAGUGACACAGUGGAAGAGUGACAAAGUGAGAAAAAGUGAAAGUUAGACUAAGACAUACCAGGACACUUGGAGUGGGACAUAGGGAGAUAAACCAAGAGACUGAUACAGAAGGAGUGAGACAGGCUGAAUUGGACUGUGAUAACAGAAGGAGUGAGACAGGCUGAGACAUAGUGAAACAGACUGAGGUUGAGUGAGACAGGCUGAGACACAGUGAGACAGUCCGAUAUUGAGUGAGAAAGGCUGAGGUUGAGUGAGACAGGCUAAGACACAGUGAGAAAGGCUGAGACACAGUGAGACAGGCUGAAAUGUACUGCAAUGAUGGAGGGAGUGAGACAGGCUUAGACAUAGUGAGACAGGCUGAGGUUGAGUGAGACAGGCUGAGACACAGUGAGACAGUCUGAUAUUGAGUGAGACAGGCUGAGGUUGAGUGAGACAGGCUGAGACACAGUGAGACAGGCUGAGGUUGAGUGAGACAAGCUGAGACAGUGAGACAGGCUGAGAUGGACUGUGAUGACGGAGGGAGUGAGACAGGCUGAGACAUAGUGAAACAGACUGAGGUUGAGUGAGACAGGCUGAGACACAGUGAGAUAGUCCGAUAUUGAGUGAGAAAGGCUGAGGUUGAGUGAGACAGACUAAGACACAGUGAGAAAGGCUGAGGUUGAGUGAGACAGGCAAAGACACAGUGAGACAGGCUGAGACACAGUGAGACAAGCUGAGACACAGUGAGACAGGCUGAAAUGGACUGCAAUGACGGAGGGAGUGAGACAGGCUGAGACAUAGUGAGACAGGCACAGACUGAGUGAGACAGGCUGAGACACAUUGAGACAGUCUGAUAUUGAGUGAGACAGGCUGAGGUUGAGUGAGACAGGCUGAGACACAGUGAGACAGGCUGAGGUUGAGUUAGACAGGCUGAGACACAGUGAGACAGGCUGAGAUACAGUGAAACAGGCUGAGAUGGACUGUGAUGACUGAAGGAAGGAGAUAGUGUGAGAGAGUGAGACAGGUUGAGAGGGAGUGAGACAGAGUGAGACAGAUGCUGCUGAAGGUCAUUUAGUUGAAUGGAAUAAUGAGCAAUUCCCAAACACUAGAGUUCAUUCCUGCUCUGGAGUCAUGUCCCGGAGCUCUGAGCCAAACACACAAACACAAAGUCUUACAGGAACACCAGACACAGGGCAGGUAACUAGCUACAGGCUAACGAUACUCAACCUGAUAACUCUUUUUUAAUUAACUGGCUAGCAGGACUAGCUAAUCAUGUGAUCCCUUCUAAAUACGGUGUUCUCUUUACUAGUGACUCAUCUUUUUUUAUGCCAGUUCUCAACACUGUCCCAAACCUCACUUUCUAAUGAAUACAUGUUCUAACAAAAAACACAUUCUAAUAAAGACCUGCUCUAAUAAACAUCUUUAGUGAGUAUUGCAGUUAGAAUGGGUUCUAAUGAGAACGUUUUACCACACGGUGACGUUUGGGACGUGGACAAUUCACAUGGUUAUUGUGAUGAUAAUGUAGGGAUGAUGUCAGAGCCGCUGAUGACACUGUUACAGAUGAUGAUGAUGAUGAUGACGAUGAUGAUGAUGUCAUUGUGUUACUUUGCUCAUUUUUUACAUUUCUGUAUUUGAACUUCUUAGUUGUGUGAACAGGACUUUGUGGAAAUAACACAGGACAUUAUUGUGCUAAAAGUGGCAUCACCACACACACACACACACACACACACACACACACACACACACACACACACACACACACACACACACGUGUGUGUGUGACUUGAGUUGGACAUUUUGUCCUCUUUAUGUCCCUUGACAAUCGAACACUGAGGAAACAAAGAUGAAAGACUUUAGGUCGUUAUGACAUCAUCACUGACUGUCUUACAGCGCCGUUCACGACACGUGGGAAUUACGGUAAAGACGAGUUUCUGACUCGCAUCUCAACAGAACUUAGACAGAAAUAGAAUUUUCUGGAAUCUGGAAUCUCGUCACUGCUAAAAACAGCGUCAGGGUUAAACUCACACAUUCCCAUCAUCCUCAGCUGAUGACCUCAUCGUCCAUAGUGUAGUGCACUUUAGCUUUUUAGCGUGUAGCAAAAAUAUAUAUAUAUUAAACCAUCACCGUGGUCAGUUUGUGUCUUUGGUGUUGGGUGUGUUUCCAUGGAAACACUGAUUUUCCCAGCUGGAGGAGAUGAAGUGCUCGGAGUGUCGUGUUUGCUGUAAUUCCACACGACGUGAACAUGAACGUGAACGUGAGCGUGCUGUAACGUGAACACGGUGUAUUUAGGAAUUAUAAUUGUCUUUUUUAUUCACUCUGUAUCUCUCAUCAGUGUGAAACUUAAAGCAAUUCUUCAUAUUCAAUAAAACUGAUUCUUUCCUCAAACCUCGCUGUCGAACUGUCACUAUCACUCACCAAAACUGUGGAUGAACAGAACAGGAAAUUAAACAAGGAAAAGGAGGAGAGAGAGAAAAUAAGAAAGGGUUAAUACUGUGAUGC